AUGAGAAAGGAAUGGAUCCGUAGUGAACAAGAAAAAAAUAAAAAUCGAACAAUUAAACAAACAAAACGACGACUACAGAUAUCAAUAUUGAGACAACCAGAAUAUUUUAAUUCAUUAACAAUAUUAUGUUCAACAGAUCGAAUAAGUCUAAAUAAUAUAAUUCAUUGUUAUGAUCAAUAUACCAGUGAACCAAGUAUAGUCGACUAUUGUGCGCCACAAGAAGUUCUUUCAUUACGUUUACAUGACUUUUAUAAUCGUAAAAAACCAAUUAUAAUUAAUUUAAUAAGUUAUUUUAAACAUUUACCUGAUUUUCAACAAUUAAAUAUUGAUGAUCAAGCAACAUUAAUAAAACGAAAUAUUCGUAUUUUAUUACCAAUUAAUUAUGCUUUAUUAAAAACACCUAGUCAUUCACAAAUUCGUUAUACAUAUAUUCAAACAAUUGAUUGUAUUAAUAAUAUAAAUUUACAUUCAAUGUAUCAAAUUUUAUCAAAUACUUUUGUCCCAUUUGUUACAUUUAAUCCACUUAUAAUUAAAUUAUUAUUAAUUAUAUUAUUUUUUACAACAAAUUUACUAUCAACAAAUAGUGAUACAGUUGAAUAUAAACAAUCGAAAUAUAUUAGAGGAAUACAAUCCAGUUAUAUUGAAUUAUUAUGGUUAUAUAUGAUAAAAAAAUAUGGUCAAGAAAGAGCAGUAAAUUUAUUUACACAAUUUAUAACAAGAUUUAUAUAUUUACAAACAAAAAUUGCUCAGAUUGAUUCAAUUAUUCGUUUAAAUAAUGAUAUGCAAUAUAUAGAUUCACUUAUGAAAGUUAUUUUACAAUUGACAUGA